AUGGGAAACGAUACCAAUAAAGAAGUACGGGUUUGGAAAAAGGAAAAAGGUGCCAAUCACGUUGAAAAUGAUAUCAAUCAAGAAGAUACAAGUUUAGAAAAAGGAGUUAUGCAUGUUGAUAAAUUUUAA